AUGAGACGGCUUACGGGGCGUCUCCAGCGCCCCCUGCUGUUCCCUAGCUUCCCCUCUCGCGCCUUGGUGCUUUUCUUCUCGGUUUUAUGGUGUCUCGCGUGCGGUCUCUCGGCCGCAACUGUGCCGGAGAGCGUCAGAGGUCUGCCGCCGUAUGACACGGUCGCGCGCCGCGUCCCGAUCGGCAGCGAGAGUGACGAGUCGACGGGAGAUGCAGAGGCGCAGGAGCGGUCCCUACGCAGGGCAGACUCAGGGGUGCAGAGGCGUGACACCCCGCACCCAACUGGAGUCUACCGAGUGUCUGCUUCUGCGACGUACUCACCGCCUCCCUUGGGCGCCAUCGUCCCUCGCACGUCGCCGCCCGCUCGCGCCGCGACGCCGCUUCCUGGCGAUGGAUUGCCGCCGUUUUCUCAAUUUUCCUGGGCUGCGGACGCCGGCGCGCUUCUUCGCGUGGCCCCCGCCGCCGCCAGGCGCGAGGGGGACGAAUUCGAUGCCGACCUUGGCGACUCUCAGGAAGACGACGAGCUCGCUGUGGCGUCGCACGGUUCGCGCCAGUCUCUGCCACCGUCCUUUCCCUCAUGGCCAGUUGCGACGACGAACCCUGUGCUGAGUCCCUUCUCGCGCGCGCCCCCUCGCCACGAAGCAGCUGAAGUCGCUCCGCGAGGCUCUGCGGGCGACCGCGCUUUGAGGCUUGAGGAGAGCGGGGCGGAUGACGACGACGGCGGUGCCGGCUUGUCUGCGACGCAAGCGCUGGGAAGUGCGAGCCUCGAAGACGAGUUCGUCGUGCAACUGGAUGCGGACGGUCAGGUGACUUGCGUCCCGCGUCCUCGGCAGAAACAGGGGAAAGCUCUUGCUUCCCAAAUGUUCCAUCCUCUCUACGUCUUCUUCCCCGACGCCAAUGCGCGUCGAUCUGAAAAGGGCCCCUCUCAGGAAGAGGGACGCACCGGCGGGGUGUCACCGUCGCCCUUUGUUUGGGACUUGGAGGCGAUGGCCUCGUCGUCCUCCUCUUCGCACGUGAGUUUUAGGCACUCGGACGAGAGGAGGUCGUUCCGCGGCGAGUUUUCUGUUGGUAACGAAGAGACACCCGAAGACGAGCCAGACUCAAAAGAAGAUGUGUAUCACUUUCGCGUUCGGCCUCGCGACGUGGGAUACAGGCCCGUCGACCCUCUACAGACUUUGUCCUUCGGCGUCCAGGCGCCGUAUGAGCAGCACGCCUUUGCUACAAGCAUCUCAAAGACUCCCUUCGCUUCCCUGCCUCUGCUGCCGCGCACCGACGGCCUGUACAGGUUCCACCCCCCGACUCCUUCCUACUACGCGUUUUCGCUCUCUGCAGCCCCCGCCGCGCCUCUGCCUCCUCGCGAAGAGGCGCCGUCUCGCCUCGCCUCGCAGGGCCCGUAUGCCGCGGCGGCGUUGCGCCAGUCUUCGCGGCUCGUCUCUGCACCGCCUUCUAGCUACGCGCCGGCGCCGGCGCUCGCGUCGCCGCUGCCGUGGCGCCUCCAGUGGGACUCGACCGCCCGGCGGGAGAUGUCUGCGACCCCCGCGGCGGCCCCUCAGCAGCGCAUGACGCUGGAGGGCAUUUCCGAAGUGAGCGACCUGCGACGCCUGGGAGAGGACCCCAGCUUCGGCGAGGAGGCGUACAGCCACCAGGAGAUCUGCGGAGGCCUUUUCCACUGGCGACGCAGCCCGAAGGGGGCUGCGUCGCUGAGCUGCGCGUGGGAUCGCUACUCCAGCACGUUCGCCAAGAAGUUCGCCGACUCUGUGCCGCUGGCCUUCCGCUCGCAAGGUCUCACGUUCAAGGCGGUGGACGCCGUGAACCGUCUCUUCAGCAACUUGCGCUUCAAACACAGCAACAAGCCGCUGGAACGGAAGCCCAGGAGUAAGGCGCCCACCCCCCAUACCGCGGACGCCGACGCGCAGAAAGACGAGAAGGAGGCGAAAGAGGGAGAGCCGCCUGCUGCGGAAGAAGCGGCGGAGUCGGCAGACAAGGCUGAGGGAUGGGGUCACGCUAUCGAGAAGGAUAGCGCACACGUGGAGGAGGCGGGGAAAGGGGAGGAAGAAUCCAGAGAGGCGAGCGAGGAGGAAGAGGAGGCAGAAGAGGCGAGCAGGGAUCGAGGGCACUCGAGAGAUGAGGAAAACGGAGGGAACUUUUUGCGGACGGGCGCAGAGGAGGCGGAGAGGUCCGCUUCGGCGCGACACUCCUCGCGGAGCUUAGGAGACGCCGAGGAAAAGACGCGCGACGCGGCAGAGCGGAGUUUGGGCGCGGACUUGGGCAGCGCGUACGAGGGGCUGUCUUCGCGACGCAGACAAGCAGACGGCGACUCCAUUUUCACCAGCAGCCUCUGGUCUGCGCUGGGCAGCAAUGACGCCAACAGGAAGGAGGACUUGGCGGUUCAGGGGGCGAAGGCGGUCCUCGCCUCGGGGCCUCUCCGACUCACCCUCGGUCUCCUGCGAAAGGGUCACGCGCUCUUCAGUCAAACGCGUCGCCUCCUCGGGAGCCCGCUGACCAGCUUCGCCUGGGUGCUGAUUCAGAAGCUCGCGGGCGAGCUCAGGAAGCAGAAGAAGGAGGGCGAGGGCGUCAUGAAUCUGGGCCGCGCCGUCAACUCGGUUCUCGCCGCGGAAGGCGUCAAGGAUACCGAGCCUCUCGAAUCCGCCAUGUAUCUUGCGACUGGAUGCAAGGCGCACAUGCACUACAGCGAGCUCUACGCGGAGGGAUACGAUGUGGUUCCCACGGACCCCGCGAGUUGGCCGGAGAACCCGUUCUUCGCCUGGCUGCUCAAGCGGAAGGCCCACGCGGAGAUGCUGCUGCCGGCGGCUGUUCCCGCGCAGCUGACGGUCAAGAUUACGCCGACGAUGCCGGCGGACGUGGGGAACCGCGGCGCCCGCCUCGCGCUCUACGAAAUGUGGCAUACACUCUGGUUCAUGAUCGUCGAAGUCACGCGAUCGGACUUCUUGUGGACGUGGAUCAAACGCAAGGACGUCCAGCACGUCUUCCCCGGCUGGACCAUCACUACCGUCGGCGUUCACCGCGUCACAGAGCGGCGCCCGGUGCGAUACGCGAACGGCGUCUGGCGCUUCCGCAACAUCGACCCCGUGACACUCGAGGUGAUUCCGCGCGCGGACGGCGUCGAGACCAAUCCGUUUGAAGUCCUCCCGCCGCCGCGGCAACACGUCGACCAAGUUAACCUCGAUGACAACCUGGCCACGACUGGCGGAGUCAACCAGAGCCCGUGGAGCUUCAUCGCCGAGAGCCUCUACGCGAACAUCGCGCGCGGCGGCGCCACGCCGGAGACUGUGGAGGACAAUGCGGAUCCGGUGAAGCCUCGGACGUUUUAUUACGGGAACAAGGCGCUCACGAUUUAUCCUGACCAGUGCGGAGAAGACGCGACGUUCACGUACGCCUACGAUGCGCCGUUUUCGUUUCUGAUGACCCCCGCGGACCUGCCUGAGCGCGUGUACACGCGCAUCGCAGACGAACAGGAAAAACCUCAGCGCCGAGGCGGGGGAGACUCGUGCCGCAUCAAGGCCGAUGAGAGCGUCUACGGCAACCUCGUGGAUGCCGUCUGGGCCUUCAAACCCACUUCGAUGCCAAAAAUGUGGCUGAUUAAUCGCACUGUGAGGCCGAUGGUGUCCGAGCCGCUGCUUAGCGCGAAUCCGGAGGCGCGCGUGCAUCGCGGCUACCACCUGCUUUUCACGACUUCCUACAAACCGCGCGUGGAACAGUUCAUUUCGCAGCUCACCGCGUCCUCGCCGCCGACGCCUUCUUCCUCCUUCGUCUCCCCAGCCGCGGCGGGCCUUCACGCUCUUUGGUUGGCGUACCGUCACCGCUCCAAGAAGCACCCCGUGACGAUCGUCUUCAGCGGACACUCGCAGGGCGGCGUCGCUGCGCAAAUGUCUGCGUUCUUCUUCGCGAAACAAAUGCGGGAAGUCAUUCAGGACGGCACCGUCCGAGUCUAUGUCGUCGUUUUUGGAAUGCCCGUGUGGUGCACCCAGGCCAUGUACGACGAGAUGCGACAGAGCGGCGUCAUCAUUCACGAGAUUGCCUCCAACAUCGACCCGGUCCCUGUUCUCCUCGCGACGACUCACGGCCUGGCGCAGGACAGAAAUAUCGUUUCCUUCAAGCUUGAGGACAUGUAUAAAGUUUCGUUUCGAGACCCAUUCCCGUUCGAGGGCCUGAUCUGGAAGUACCCGAGGCGGAAAGUCGACCGGAAGACGCACCUCAUCCGGGCCACGCUCCGCAUCGAGCCGCUGGUAGACCCCGCUGUGAACUUUGGUCUCACGCACUCUCACUUCUACGCCGCUGCCCUGGGGCUCCUUAGUCAAAGAUACAAGGAUAUAGGGUGGAUGAGCUUUUUAGGUUUCCCGUUAGUCCCGCCGCAUCUCCAGACGACGCCUCCGCACGUCCCCGAAGGCAUGCAAGGACUGCGCGAGGGUCACCGGCUGCUGCUCGACGGGCAAGGCGUCCUGCGGCCGCAUGAUACUCCGUUCGCGCGCGGACUCAAGUUGCUCAAGAGCCUCCACCACAAGAAUAAAGCCCGCGGUCCCACUCUCCCCCGGGCCCCAUGGAGCCCGCGAGGGAGGAGAUGA